GUCACGGUCUCACACCAAAUGCACACAGACUAUUGAGACACCCGUGGCUUGGGAAGGUUAUCCCAAAACCAGUGAUGGACAUGGAGGAUGGAGUGAAAUAUGUAGGUCUGGGAAAGAAAGGAAGUUUGGAAGCAGAGGUCUUGCUGGAUGUAUGAGUAAGGUCUCAAGAACGCCAGAAUAUGAAGCAGAAGAUGUUGGUGCUGGAUGCACCAUCAACAUGGUGGAGAAAGGCAUGAUGUGAAACUGGCUCUUGGCAGCUGUGAAAAGUGUUUGCUAGCUGUCUUCCUGCUCUACUUUCUUCUGCUUUUAUGGAUUUUGGAAGCCCCAGAGGAGGAGAAAAUACUUUGCCUUUGGGGGAGCCAAGGGCCUUCCAUCUCAUCUGAAAAAAGAGGGAAAAAGCCCAUUUGAGAUGGUUUUCUGUUUGAGAAUGCAUCUUCUUGAGUUGGCACAGAGGACACUUGGGAUUAUGAGGGGAAGAACGCAAGGCGGGAUGCAACUGUUCAGCAAAGGCUUUUAAAUCUUUCAGGCGCUUUCGGUGGGAAAGAAUCUCCCCUUCGGCAAAGCUAUCUCUCGGCUUCUUCAGGUAAACAGUAUCCGGCAAAGGCAGGAUAAGAGGAGAUUCCACUCCCUUUUCACACUGGACGAUUUUAGCCCUUUGAUCCCUGUUUAACUUUUGUGGAACCCUGGGAUUUGUAGUUUUGGAAGCAAGGCAACUGGCAAAAGGGUGAGGACUAGAAACUUGUGUGCCUGACUUCUGUAAUCGCUGGAUGGAUCAGGAUGGUGAAAUCGGUUGGGUCUGUGAGGCCAUGCCACCUAGCAAAUCCGUCUUUCUUCGUUAAAAUCUGUAUCCUUCUCCUGUUGUGUAGGCAAGUCGGCUCCCACUGCAAGAUUUCCCGCUGCAACUCUGCCUACCUGACUGCCACGGAGAAUUUGCAGGGUCCCAACCACAAUGCCAUGCUCUGUGAAGCUUUGCGUUCCUACUCCAGCUGUACCCGGAAGACGGCCCACACUUGUCGUGGCAACCUGGCCUACCACUCGGCAGUCUACGGCAUUGAAGACCUCAUGAUUCAGAACAAUUGCUCCAAAGAAGGACCCACCUCACCACCACGACCUCCAGCCCCAGUGCCCAACCAACCGGGCUUUGCAUCCCCAGAUAUCUGUGACUAUGAGAAGAACUUUGCCCAUAAGCACAGGCAGUCCCCUGUGUACCAGCACUGUGCCACCUUUGGAGACCCACACAUCCGGACCUUCAGUGAUGAAUUCCACACCUGCCGCGUAGAAGGAUCUUGGCCUCUCCUAGACAACCAUUAUUUGUUUGUCCAGGCCACUAGUUCUUCCAUUUUGGAAGGGUCAAGUGCCACUGGCAUUGGCAAGCUCACCAUCAUCUUUAAGAACAUGAAAGAGUGCAUUGAGGAAAAGAUCUACCAGGCUGAAGCAGACAACCUCCCAGCAGCUUUCAUUGAUGGCUCAGUGAAUGGUGGUGAGAGGCCUGGAGGGAGUACCUUGACCAUUCAUGAACAUAUACCUGGGCAGCACGUGGAGCUCCAGGCCGUGUACAUUGGCACUACCAUUGCUGUGCGCCAGGCCGCCAGGCACCUGUCAUUCUCCAUCCGAGCACCUGAGGAGGUGGUCCUCUCUUUCACAGAUGAACAAGACUUGCAGCUCUGUGUGUUCAGCUGUCCACUCAGCCAGCGUGUCUCUCGGAGCACAUGCUGCCCCCAGGGUGGCAACAUCACCAGAGAGGUGGCCCACCGCCUGUGCAAAGAGAAACUGCCCAUAGAUGAUGUUUACUUCCAGUCGUGUAUCUUUGACGUGAUGGCUUCUGGUGAUGCCAACUUGACUCAGGCUGCACAUGGUGCACUGGAGGACGCCAAGGCAUUCCAUCCAGAUGCCAAGAAACUUCACAUUUUCCAAAUGGAUAGAUCCUCAUGUUCACAGAGUUCAUCAUUGCUCCUUGUUUUCUUACUAGUUGUGUCAGCACUUGAAGUGUGCUUUUAAAGUUCUCCCUUGGGCAGUGGCUAGUUCUUUUCUGUGAGUCAAAGAGGUCAGCAGGUGUGGUGGGCUUUUCAGGAUGGCAUCUAUGAGCCAACUCAGGUUUGUUGUUGUUGUUGUUGUUUUUGCAAGGAGAGAGGGGCAAACAUUUCCCAGUUUGACUGACAUUUUCCUCAUACUGUAUGUCCUUUUCCACUGAGAAUUUAUCAAGGAACCUUUGAAUGUGAGUACACAUGGGGAACCUUUUCACUCGGUUUUCCUGCCAACCUCCAACAAAUUCACUGUUGCAAAAGUGAGGACGGUGCUUAAGAAGCUAUAGCAGGAAGAGGUGGCUUGGAAUGGCCUGGGAGGCCUUUUUGGGGACCAGGGUGGGCAAAGUUAUACUAGAGCAUUGGCUGAUCCGUUGAGGGAGAUGUACCAAUGGCUGGUGAAAAUUUUCAGAUAGCCUUAAAAAACUCUUGACAGUGAUAUACUGAGUACCGUUAAGUCUUCAUUCGUUCCCAGAAGCUGUGUUUUGUCCACCACAAUUUCUGGUUUAUUUCAUUCUUCCCAACGAUUGUAAUCCAAAGCCGCCAGCAGAAAUAACAGAAUUGCCACUUUCAUUACAUUUCAUUUUGCAAAGUCAGUGGGUUCUUUUUUUGGAAGACGCACUGUAACGGCCCAUUUGUUGUGAAAAAGGAAUCAGAAACUCAUCGAAUACUGUAAGGCCUACUCAACAACAAUUGCUUUGAAUGUCUGAACUGUAAAUUCAAUAAGAGGAAGAAAGAAAAACCCACUUUUCCCCAAUGCUUAUUUUUCUUUAGGGAAACUUGAUGUUCUCAUUUUCUGCUUCCUUUUGACAGCUAAGAAUGUAGAGUCCACAGAGUGAAACUUGAAUAGCACUUUACAAAAUGCAUUUGUGGUAGGAUAGCUCCAUUAUUUAAUACCAGAUAUGGAGAGCAUUUGAUAAAGGAACAGGAAUUGGAUUGGGAGACACUUUGCACCUGGUUGUCUUGAUGCUUCAUCUCCAAGCAGACUGUGCAGGUUUUUGGCACCACCACAAAACCCCGCACUACCUGUUUAAUCAGAGGCAAAAACAGGGAGAAGCAUACUUCUCAUACCAUUGCUUUCUCAUUCAACCAUGGGUUAAAAUCCUACAUAGCUGUCAUGAAACACAGACUUUAUGAAUGCUUAGCAAAGUGCAGAAACACAGUGAAACUCUGUUAGUGCAUUGCAAAGAUGUGCAUCCAGGGUGAUCAAAUGCACAACAGGAACUUCUGAUGUGCAUCAGGCACUACUGUGACACUUCCUUCCAAGCCAAUGUCCAAAUGCACAUCAGGGAAUACUGUGAUGUGCCCAUUACCCAUUUGGCCAUUGUGCACUGGUCACUCAACCAUUGUGCAUUGGAUGCUUGUAUGUUAUAACAUCACGGCAGCCCAUAGGUGAAUAUGGAUGUUGCAGAACUACUCAGUUCAAUUUAACACAUGCAUAAGGCAAUUUAGGAAGAGAUAGCUCCCAAGCAGAAUGCCAGUACCUAUAUUUAAAUCUCUGGAAAACCUUUGAAUUGUCUUUUUCUGCCAGGCUUGAGCUUUUUCUGGAAUUUCCUCGAGAAACAAGAAGGCCUCCUGCUCAGAUUCCAUCCAGGUCACUGUUGUUCUCAUGGUACAUUGGAAUGGGAACAAUUUGGCCCUCCAGAAGAGGUUGGACUGCACCUCUCAACAGGCAUAGCCUGCAUAGACAUUCAGGAGGAAUCCUGGGGUUCAACCUCAUCUGGAGGGAUGCAUGGUUCCCACUUCUAUGGUACAUUUUUCCUUCUGAAUUGUAACUUGAAUCUGUAGUCGAUUUACUCCAUUGAAGUAGAAACGUUACUGAAGUAGGUGGCUUUUUGCAGAACAGUGGAUUGUAGAAUCUCUUGGUUUCUUCCGCACUACACAGCUAUAGUGCUUUGAUUCACUUUUUACUACCAUGACUCACUCCAAUGGAAUAUUGGGAUUUAUAGUUUUGUAGGUGUUCUUUAUUGUCUGCCUGAGAGCUCUAGUGCCUCACCUAACUACAAAUCUCAGGAUUACAUAGUUUGAACUCCUGGUAGUUGAAAGUUGUAUCCAAGGGCUAUAUUUGCAGAGUGUGAAAGAGACCUCUGAAUUUAUGGUUGGCUUUGGAAAAUGGUUAAGGAAUGUAAAUAAAAAGUUAGAUGUUUGUUAUAUUAAAGUUGAAGAUGUCUAGCA